UUCUCAUUUUCUUUUAAAAUGAGGUAGAAUUUACAAACACUUAAAUUUUAAGUUGCAAUUUUAUGGAGUUGAAUCAAGUUUACACUUAUGGAACCUAUAUCAUUUUCAAAGAAAAAGAACAAUAUUAUGACUUCUGAUAGCACUUCAUACAUGCUAGCUUAUUUAACUUAAGAACAAAAACACCAAUAAGAGUGGGCACUGUUAUGCACCCUAUCUGUAGAUGAGAAAACUGAAGCACAAAGAUUAGAUAACAGGACAAACACUAGUGAAUGGAUCCAACCCUGGGACACAAACUUGUAGACUCCCAAACUUGUAGAACCAGCUUGCUGAAUAAGCCACCAAGAGGGAGGGACUGAAUGCCUCUGGAUCCCACACUGGUUACCAGAAGUUUUCCACUCCUCCCAGCAUUUAAAAGGGCAAGUCCUGCAGUAAGAGCUUCAGCUUAAUGAUUUCUGUAGAAAGUUUACCAAAAAACGCUUUGCAGGUCUGAGCUGUGCAUGCAAGGAUAAAGGGGAUUUUAUAUUCUGGGAAGGUCUGCUGCUCUCAUUUGUUCUGGGGACCAGUCUGCGUGGAGUUCACCUUCCAGGCUAAAAUACCUGCCAAGAUGCUCCACUUACAGGGUCCACAGAUGCUGCAGAUGCUAGAAAAAUCCUUGAGGAAGAGCCUGCCUGAGUCUUUAAAGGUUUAUGGGACCAUCUUCCACAUGAACCAGGGAAACCCUUUCAAGCUGAAGGCUCUGGUGGACAAGUGGCCUGAUUUUAAUACAGUAGUUGUCCGCCCUCAGGAGCAGGAGAUGGUAGAUGACCUUGAUCACUACACCAAUACUUACCAAAUCUACUCCAAAGACCCCAAGAAUUGUCAUAAAUUCCUUGGCUCACCAGAAGUCAUCAACUGGAAACAACAUUUGCAGAUUCAAAGUUCACAGUCCAACUUUAAUGAGGUGAUAGAAAAUCUUGUAGCUGUAAAACUCAGUCAGGUCAAGCGAACACAAUGCUUCCUCUAUAUGAACCUUCUGACAGCAAAGAAAUUGGCUCCUUCCCUGCUGGAUGCAAAGAAGUUACUGCCAAGUGAGAGCACACAUGAUUCCAUCAACCAAGAGAUGUUUAAAUUCUCAUCCCUGGAUGUCACACAUGCUGCCCUGGUGAAUAAAUUCUGGCAUUUUGGCGGCAAUGAGAGGAGCCAGAGAUUCAUUGAGCACUGUAUCCAGACCUUUCCCUCCUUCUGUCUGCUGGGACCCGAGGGGACCCCUGUGUCCUGGACCAUGAUGGAUCAGACAGGAGAGCUGCGGAUGGCAGGCACUGUGCCUGAGUACCGAGGACACCAUCUCAUUUAUCAUGUCAUCUGUGCCCAGAUCCAGGCUCUGGGGAAACUUGGCUUCCCCUUGUAUUCCCAUGUGGAUAAAGCCAACCACAUCAUGCAAAGAAUGUGCUUCAAAAUCCAGAGUUUCCGUAUGCCCUGUGACUGGAACCAGUGGCAAUGUGUGCCUCUGUGACAAGACAGUGUUAGGUGAGCUGGUCUUGUAGCAGGAGGAACCUGUGAUGAAUGGACAGAAAUAAUACAUUGUCAUAAUGAAGUGGUCUCUAAGGACAGCCUCAACCUUUAUAUUCUACCUUCCUAGGCUCCCCUUAGCUUUCUUUUAGGAAGUUACCCAGCCAGCAUAGCUUCCACAUUUCCAGGAUCUUCCUCACACUUAAUAUCAGUUGCACACAUUUUGUUAUGUUAUCCUUCCUGGAACUCUUGCUCAUUGAUUGACCCUUGCCAAUUUGCCAGGAGGUGAUACUAUCUGGUGGGUUCUAUA